AUGCAAUUUUCCACUCUUUUCCUCGGCAUCGCCAUGCUCAACGGCGCCAUCGCGAACCCUUUCGCCGCGGCGGCCGCUGAAGUUGAGACUCGCGAUAUUGAGACUCGCGAUAUUGAGACUCGCGAUAUUGAGCCUAGAGCUCCAACUGUUGGCGAUCUCCCAUUGCCCAGGCUCCCAGCCCUUAGACGGGCCACCAAGACUGCUGCCAAAGGUGGUAAGGACUGUCCUUCCACUCCUCCGACUAACCAGCAAGGCAAUGCCUGCUCCUCCGGAACCCAGUUCUGCUGUACCACUGACGGCAACGGCGUCCAAACAUGCUCCAACUCUGAAGUCUGUAAUGCAAAGAUCAUUUGCUGCAACAACAACAGCGGCUUCCAGAUGUGUAUUGGUGAGAUUGAUUUCAAUGCUCCUGUCACUAUCAACAUCAACAUCAUCAAUGGAAAGGGAGGCAAGGGAGGAAAGGGAGGAAAGGGUGGUAAGGGAUACAAGGCUUAG